AUGAAGAGAAAUAACAUUUUAAAUUUGAAUCAUUUUCUGUGCUAUGACCAGAGCAACGAAAUAAUCACUAAAGAAUCGCUCGAGCUUAACUCGUUUAAUGACAUCAUGGACAUCGAGGAGUACUAUUUGAACAAGCAAACGGACGAUACGCAUGAUUACGGGGUUUACUGUGACUUCCUAUCUGAAAAGCAGCUGACCAGAAUCGAAACAACUGCAAAAGAGAUUUACAGGCCGAAACAUGUUAGGGGAAAGGGUAUUUAUAGGGAAGGUUACUGCGACAGUUGCAACCAAUGGUUCAGAUUGAAGACGAGCAGCUAUUGGUACCACAUGAACUACAAACACGGCAUCAAUUCCAAGGGCAAAAAGUAUCCUCAGCCUUGUCUCCGUGAGACGUACAGUCGACUGGAGAGUUACUGCAGGAUGUGUGAUAGAUGGAUCUUUUUGUGCUCGUCAAAUGGAAAGAAAUCCGUUACAUAUGCUUGGUACAAACACUUCCAGAAGAACCACAUGGAUUAG